AUCCCGCCGGUCCCUGACUUCCACCUCGUCCACCCCGGCUACAUCACGCUGCAAUUUUAAGGCUCCGGAAUCUCCACUCGCUUGCUGUUUACGAUUUCCUUCUUUCGGAUCGCCUCUCGUGUUCCGCCCCCUUUCUUGCCGACUCGUGAACUCCGAGGCAUAUUCCCCAACCACCCGCCCCUCACAUCGUACAUACAGUUGUUGGCUUAGGGGUAUCUACUCGAGCGUCGAGACGACGGCCCAGCGCGGUUGGUGAUUCUGGUCUGUGCGCUACUGGGAUGGCCUGAUCGGGGAAGAAGACGGGAAAAAUUCACCUAGUGACAGACUCUCUUUAAUUAUCCUGCCACCACGACCGCCACACCCACGGGUUCCAGCUGGCCUGGCCUUGUCUGAUUCUUAAUAUUGCUGUUGGAAUGGCGGGGACCGCUACCGCGACUUAUACUACAGAUGUUUGGACGUCACCCAGUGUAGACGGGAGUCAGUGGGAGUAUGCUGUCCCGCUCCGACAGGAUAGUACCGUCCGUCGCUCCAAGUCACGAUCGUCCCGCGAAUCUCACGCCAGGUCCAAGGAGCGUAACUCCAAAGGCGGCUCUCGCAGUUCAUCCUUGUCGCGGCACGCCUAUGCUCACGAGCAUUACUCCCGAGGCCGUCGAGAGGUUAGCCACAGUCGACGGGGAAGUGAAGCGGAAAGCUCGCGGUCGAUCUACGGACACGAUAUCGGCAGUCCCAGGGCCAAUGUGAAAGACUCGGCGGAUGCACUUUAUCGGAUGGGAUCAGUGCGACAGGGUGAGCGGAACGAUGGCAUUGGGUUGUACCUGAACGAGUUCGACCAAGACAAUUGGAUUCACCGCGACAAGCUGGCCAAGAUUGAGAGUGAGGAGCUGCAACAGGCUGCCAUUCUCCUACAACGUCGGGCGGGAGCCGAAGGCAACAAGACGAAUCGCGCCAAGACUCACGACUCGUAUGGGACUCCCGUGGGCAGCCCGCCGACCGAACUGGAACCCUGGCCUAGUUUGCGUGACGAGUCCCGUUCCCCGACAUUUUCGGAGGGCGAACGCGACCAAUGGGAUCCUCGACGACCGGAAGAAAUUGCGGCGGAUAAGACGGACGACGGAGCGUCAGGCUUCUACCACAACCCGGGACUGCGCAAGAGCUCCUCACGGAUCCCCAUCCCCACCACCAGCCCGGCGCCGGUUGCAGCCGGACAUGCCGGGCGGGAUGUUUCAAAGCAGCGCACACGGGCCAUGACGAACGGCGAAGACGAGAUUCUGUCCUUUGGAAUGCCCCGUCGGGCGAGUGAGCCAAUGUCGGUGGACUCUGCCAGCAAUAUCACCCCGGCGGGAAGCCGACCUGGCAGCCGCGGGAACGCCCUGCAGAAUGCGGCGGGCAAGAAGACUACGGCCAAGGGCGCCACAAAUCGCAAGACGUCGGCUCCGCCGGCGACACGGAAGGCAACUCCCAGAAGCCGGGUGCCGUCGAGCACGCAGCGGGCUGGCAAAAGCGACAGCCGUCCGAUCAACCGGCCGGAAGGUGACCCGCCGUGGCUGGCGACGAUGUAUAAGCCGGAUCCUCGUCUCCCGCCGGACCAGCAGAUUCUGCCUACUCAUGCACGACGGAUGCAGCAGGAGCAGUGGGUCAAGGAGGGCAAGACGCCUACCACGUAUGAUCGCGAGUUUGCGCCUCUAGCCAUCGGACAUGACGGACCGAUUCCGAUGGAGAAGCUGGCGCCGAAAGAAGAGCUGGAGCCCGCGCAGACGGAGACGGAGAAGGAGAAGGAGAAGGAGAAGGAGAAGGAGAAGGAGAAGGAGAAAGAGGAGCCGACAUCACAGAAGAGCCCCAGCUUGAAGAAGAGUCCGAGCCUGCAGGCGCCCAAGGGAACGGAGCCGGGGCGACCGAAUUCGAGCACGGGGUACAGCACGAUGCCGCGGGUGCAAGAGCCCCCGAUGGCGGCGUUGCAGCCCAAAUGGAGCCCGCCAGUGGUGACGGCGCAGGAGCCGCCGCCGAAGGAAAAGGGGUGCGGGUGUUGCAUAGUGAUGUGAGAGCCUGCAUUGAGCGGUCAUUACGACAUCACGCGUCUUUCCUUGCAUCAGCUUUUCUUUGUGGUAGUAAUAG